UCAUACAGCUCAGCCUUUUUGAGAACACAAUGUGUGAAGAUGAGGUGUGGCAAGUAACUCAGUAAGAACCUCCAUGGCAUGGUCAGUUUUCACCACUUUCUUUACAAUGUUGCUAAUGCCAAAGUACACAAAUGGAAUAAAAUCGAGAAAACAGGAAAUAUAUGCCUAACUAAAACAGAAUAAGUGAGCUUUUAAACAUCGUUUUGGCAACUCAGCCAUGAACCUCAGUGCUAGAAGCAAUGCGUCAGACACAUCUUCAGUCAACACAACUUCAUCAUCAGUCAACAUAACCUCAUCUUCAAUCAAUGCAACUUCAAAAUCAAUCUCUGUAUCUUCAGCAUCAGUUACUGCACCUCCAACCUCAGCAAAUGGAUCUCCAACAGUCACUGUCACUGUCAAUACACUGAUCACGAACUCCACCACAGCCUACCCUGGGUUUCUGCCCUCUUUGUUAGACAAACUCCGAUUGCCGAGAUGGGCCACCUAUGCGAUAAUUGCCCUGAUCCUCUUGGUGGUUUUAAUUUGCGUGCUGUGCUGCUGCAUAAAAUGUUGCUGCAAAGGAAAGAAAAAGAGAAAAAAGCAGAACCAGAAGAUCAGCAUGAAAGGACUGAAUGGUACCAGUACAACAGCACUGGUGCAGCCUGAAACGGGGGAUGUAGAGUACGGAUCUCUUAACCAGCCACGAGGGAAGCUGCUGUAUUCCCUGGAGUACAAUGCAGCACGUUCAGAGAUGGCUGUCGGAGUGAAAGAAGCUGCAGAAUUAAUGGCUAUGGACUCAUCAGGAACAUCUGACCCUUAUGUAAAAGUUUACAUUCAUCCCAACAAGUCCAAAACCUUUGAAACAAAAGUGUUCAGAAAAACUCUGAGCCCAGUGUUUAACGAGCAGUUUAAGUAUCAGAUUUCUCAGAAGGAUCUCAGCGAGUCUACACUUGUGAUGCAGGUGUACGACUUCAACAGAUUCUCCAAACAUGAUGUGAUUGGAGAGCUGAGGCUGGAGCUCUCUGCUGUGGACUGGAACCAUGUGAUUGAGGAGUGGAGAGACUUGAACGCACCAUCAAAACAUGAGCAAGAACAUCUAGGUGAGAUUUGCUUCUCACUGCGGUACGUCCCCACUGCAAGUAAGCUCACUGUGGUGAUUCUGGAGGCCAAGAACUUAAAGCAAAUGGACAUUGGAGGUUUAUCAGAUCCAUAUGUUAAAAUCCAGUUGGCUCUGGACAAGAAGAAGUGGAAGAAAAAGAAAACAUCGGUGAAAAAGCAAACUUUGAAUCCUUACUUUAAUGAGUCCUUUACAUUUGAUGUGUCAUUUGAUCAGAUUCAGCGAGUCCAGUUGGUGAUUUCUGUGUGGGAUCAUGAUAAAGUGAGCAGGAAUGAUGCCAUUGGGAAGAUCUUCCUGGGAUGUGAUGCUACAGGAAACCAGCUGAGGCACUGGGCAGACAUGCUGUCAAACCCACGGAGGCCGUUGGCACAGUGGCAUACACUACUCUCAGCCGAGCAGGUGGACUCGACUCUGGCCCUGAAACACACACUGAGAAUCCCAUUCACUAAUAAGACUUUUUGAAAAUGUCACCACUUUACUUUACUCUUUUGUGAACAACAUUGUGCCAUUUGUUUUCCCAAAUAAUUCAUAUAAUUUCUUGAGUAGAAUAGUAUAAUAUCAAAAAGUGCAUGUUGGUCUGUCCUCAACUGAUAUACAGUUCAAGAAAAUUUAUUUGCACAUGUUGUAUAUUACAGGUUGUAGAUAUUUUCAAGACCUCACAUAAACAGUUAUAAAAAGUAUAUUUUUAUAUAUUUUUAACUUUUGAAAGAUGCAGUAAAAUGCAGUAAACUUACUCCUCCUUGGACUCUAUAUAUAUAUAUAUAU